GUGCAGCGACGCUGGCUCUCGCUUCGAGUACUGCGCUCCCUUCCGGUUCGCUCUUUUCGGGUGACUGAGUCUUAUUUAGUUUAGCUGUAAUUAAAUCUUUCUCCAUCUUCCACCAUGAAGAUCUACAAAGAUAUUUUCACCGGUGAUGAGAUGUUCUCAGAUACUUAUAAAAUAAAAUUGGUUGAUGAUGUUCUAUAUGAAGUAUAUGGCAAGGUAAUUACUCGUAAAUCAGGUGACAUAGAAAUUGCUGGUUUUAACCCAUCUGCUGAAGAAGCUGAUGAAGGAACAGAUGAAUCGGUAGAAUCUGGUGUUGACAUAGUCAUGAAUCAUCGACUUCAAGAAACUUUUGCAUUUGGUGAUAAAAAAUCUUAUACUUUAUACUUAAAAGAUUAUAUGAAAAAAUUGGUAGCAAAGUUAGAAGAACAAGCUCCUGAUCAAGUAGAAGUUUUUAAAAAGAACACAAAUAAAGUAAUGAAAGACAUAUUGAGUCGUUUUAAUGACUUACAAUUUUUCACUGGUGAAUCUAUGGACAUUGAUGGUAUUGUUGCGUUAUUAGAAUAUCGCGAGAUCGAUGAUGAAUCUGUGCCUGUACUCAUGUUAUUCAAGCAUGGUCUUGAAGAACAAAAGUUCUAAAUAAGUUUAGGUAUACAACAAAUUGUGGAAAAAAUAUUAUAAACUCAAAUCAAGACUGUACACAAUGCUGAAAAGCUUGUGAAAUUUAGUUAAUGGAAAACACGAUUUUACUUCCAAUCUUAUUCUAUAACGCAGUUAACUUAUUUUUUUUAAACAACAAUCGAUGCCAGUCUCAGUGGAACUAAUAAUUGUAAAUAUAUAACUGACUGAAGGGAGAAUAUUACAAAGCACAUUAUCCCUUCAAUUAUAUUAUCUGUAUCUGAUUUCGCUGUAGUGUUUAUAACAUUAAUUUUUUACUUUUUUUUAUUGGUCACUUAUUAGAGAAUUUAAUUUAUAAUUCGAAAAUGGAAGAUGGGGAAAGAAGUUUGCAGCGAUGAAAAUAUCAAAAUAUACAUCUAAUUAUUGUUAACAUCAAAAAAUAUCUGUGGGUAACAAUUACAUCUGAAACAUACUCUGUAUAAUGUCCAUCACGAAUAAAAAGGUGUUUUCAUAAUUAUGCUUA